AUGAGCCGCGUGGUCUCUCUGCUGCUGGGCGCCGCGCUGCUCUGCGGCCAUGGAGUUCUCUGCCGCCGGGUGGUCAGCGGCCAGAAGGUGUGUUUUGCUGACCUCAAGCAUCCCUGCUACAAAAUGGCCUACUUCCAUGAACUGUCGAGCCGAGUGAGCUUCCAGGAGGCACGCCUGGCUUGUGAGAGUGAGGGGGGAGCCCUUCUUAGCCUGGAGAAUGAGGCAGAACAGAAGUUAAUAGAAAGUAUGUUGCAAAAUCUGACAAAACCAGGAACGGGAAUUUCUGAUGGUGAUUUCUGGAUAGGGCUUUGGCGAAACGGAGAGGGGCAGACAUCUGGUGCCUGCCCAGAUCUCUACCAGUGGUCUGAUGGAAGUGCUUCCCAGUACCGAAACUGGUAUACUGAUGAACCUUCCUGUGGAAGUGAGAAAUGUGUUGUGAUGUAUCAUCAACCAACGGCCAAUCCAGGCCUUGGGGGUCCCUACCUUUACCAGUGGAAUGAUGACAGGUGCAACAUGAAGCACAAUUACAUCUGCAAGUAUGAACCAGAGAUUAAUCCAACUUCUCCUGUAGAAAAGACUUAUUUUACAAAUCAACCAGGAGACACCCAUCAAAAUGUGGUCGUUACUGAAGCAGGCAUAAUUCCCAAUCUAAUUUAUGUUGUUAUACCAACAAUCCCACUGCUUUUAUUGAUACUGGUCGCUUUUGGAACCUGCUGUUUCCAGAUGCUGCAUAAAAGUAAAGGAAGAACAAAAACUAGCCCAACUCAGUCCACACUAUGGAUUUCAAAAAGCACCAGAAAAGAAAGUGGCAUGGAAGUAUAAUAAUUCACUGACUUGGUUCCAAAAGAGAAAAUAAAAUUGUCUAAUUCUGGAUCUGCAUCAGGAAUG